UCAGCUCCCAGUUCGCCAGCGACAGAGUGAAACAAACAUGGCGACAGAAUGGAGCGGGCAGCAAGGCUACGUUCUGACUCUAAUCGUUUUCCUUUGGAGUGCAGUCGAGGGACGCACGGAAACGGCCACGUCGAGUGUCAGCAACAGCGGGACCCAGGUGCUCGGUAUGCGGCUGGAGAGGAGCGACAAACCGGCUACGACCACUGACGACGGGGUCAUACAGGUAACGGAGGAGAGCACAGUGCAGCUCCGGUUCUACGGUGUGCAGCUCAACUCGGGCACCUGGGCGCAGAUCCGCUUCACGGAACGAGGGGAUGGGAGCGAUGAGGGGGGGGACAAUAACAUUAUUGACGACACACCUAACAGGACUUGUGUUGAUUUCACCAAAGACUUCAGCAUCGCGACCUACAUGAACAUCAGUAGCCGGGGGACCACAGGGAUACUCAGCAUAAACAUUAAACCCCUUCGAAAGAGCGAGCCGCACAAGGAAUAUGGGUUGUGCAUCAAGAGUUUGGCCAAUGGCAGGUGGGCUCUGCUCGGGGAUAGCGACGGGAGACUCCGGGUGGUAGAGGGGGAGAAAACUCUCCUCCCCCUGUGGUUCCAGAUCAUCCUUAUCUGUUGUCUGUUGGUGCUGUCUGGCAUGUUCAGCGGGCUGAACCUGGGGCUCAUGGCUCUGGACCCCAUGGAGCUCCGUAUAGUCCAGAGUUGUGGUUCAGAGAAGGAAAAAAAAUAUGCCCGCAAAAUUGAGCCCAUCCGGAGUAAGGGGAACUACCUUCUCUGCUCGCUGCUGCUUGGCAAUGUCCUGGUCAACACCACACUCACCAUCCUCCUGGAUGACUUAAUAGGCUCUGGGCUGGGCGCCGUGGUCGCCUCCACAGUGGGUAUCGUGAUUUUCGGCGAGAUCGUCCCCCAGGCGCUGUGCUCUCGCCACGGGCUGGCGGUGGGCGCCAACACCAUCCAGGUGACCAAGUUCUUCAUGUUGCUCACCUUCCCGCUCUCCUUCCCCGUCAGCAAGCUCCUAGACGUGCUCCUAGGCCAGGAGAUCGGCACUGUGUAUAACCGCGAGAAGCUGGUGGAGAUGCUCAGGGUGACGGAACCCUACAACGACCUGGUCAAAGAGGAGCUCAACAUGAUCCAAGGAGCUCUGGAACUCCGGAGUAAGACGGUUGAGAGUGUGAUGACUCCGUUGGCACACUGUUUCAUGAUCCAGAAUGACGCGGUCCUCGACUUCAACACCAUGUCGGAGAUCAUGGAGAGUGGCUACACGCGUAUCCCCGUGUUUGACGACGAGCGCUCCAACAUCGUGGACAUCCUGUACGUGAAGGACCUGGCGUUCGUGGACCCAGACGACUGCACCACCCUGAAGACCAUCACUAAGUUCUACAACCACCCGGUCCACUUUGUGUUCCACGACACUCGACUGGACUCCAUGCUGGAAGAGUUCAAGAAAGGUAAAUCCCACCUGGCCAUCGUUCAGAAGGUGAACAACGAGGGGGAGGGGGACCCCUUCUACGAGGUGCUGGGAUUGGUCACCUUGGAGGACGUCAUCGAGGAGAUCAUCAAAUCAGAGAUCCUGGAUGAGUCCGACCUUUAUACUGACAAUCGGAACAGAAAGAAGGUGGACCCUAACAAGAGAACGCGUGACUUCUCUGCUUUUAAACACACGGAGAAUGAGUGCAAGGUGAAGAUCUCUCCCCAGUUGAUGCUGGCUGCACAUCGCUUCCUGGCUACAGAGGUGAGUCUGUUCAGUCCCUGUCAGGUCACUGAGAAGGUGUUACUGAGGAUCCUGAGGCACCCUGAUGUCAUCCAGGAGAUCAAAUUCAAUGACGGCGACAAGCGAUCCGCUCUACACUACAUCUACCAGAGAGGCAAACCUGUCGACUACUUCAUACUCAUACUGCAGGGGCGAGUGGAGGUGGAGGCUGGAAACGAGAACAUGAAGUUUGAGACAGGACCCUUCUCCUACUAUGGAGUCAUGGCUCUUAGCUCACCAUCACUGGCCGUAACUCCCCCUCUCUCCCCAUCAGUGGCGUCCCCUCCUCCACGACGUCUCUCUUUAAAGAGAUUCUCUCUGUUCUCUCGCUUCCCAGAGUUCCGUUCUCCUACUCACGCGAGCGGUCUGAACCGCUCUGCGUCACUAAGCUGCACUGAGCGUGGCGCUUCCGGAGAAAGCGGCUCAGUAACUGCCAGCAACACGCAGCUCACCGCCUGCCAGUACACACCAGACUUCUACGUACGGGCUCUCACUGACCUGCAAUAUGUCAAGAUCACUCGUUCUCAGUACCAGAAUGGUCUGCUGGCGUCGAGGCUGGACAGCACCCCCCAGUCCCCCGAGGGCAGCCACCCCCGUCUGGACAGCACCUCUGCGCUCCCCAUCACCCCACCAGCCCCUCCCCGCACCCCCUCCCCCUGGCCACCACACCUUUCAAGCGCCCCCUUGCUCUCCCCCAUCCCACCCCCUCCCACCAGCCGUACCCCCUUACCCCAAACCACCACCCCCACUCAAGUCAACCCCCGCCCGGCCCUGCCCCAAUCCACCCCUCCUCCCACCAAAGGCACCCCUCUUCCUCAAACACCUCCUCCUGCCUCCUCGGGUGCACGCACCACUCACCCGCCCUCCACCUCUUCUCUCCCCCACCCACCCCUUCCCUGCACCUCUCUCCCCCCCAAAUCCCCCUCUUCCGUGAGGCCAGGGGGGGAGAAUGGUCCGGGUGAGAAGACCUCUCUGCUGUCUGAGCAGCCGCAAAACUGCGUAAGCGGCACACGCAGGCCCAGCUACCCACAAACACACACACAACACCCUCACACACACCAGCACAUGCACACACACGUGCACACCAUCAGCCAUGCACAUACAGAGAGCACCAUCUGACAACAACCCCUGGGGGGGGGGGGUUGUUAAGAUUUGUAAAAAAAAAAUGAAUACACACAAGUUUUGUUGGCCGUGGACUGGAGUACUGGAAGAUUCUAAGGUGCAUUGUGGGAACACUCAUGUCUCUGUCCUAUCCGCCCACCUACCUCUCAAGAUGGGGUGAAGAGAGAGCGUGACGGGCAACACAGGUGCAUUACACACUUGUGCAGAGGUCCUUGUGUGUGAUGCAGCUUGUCUCUGUCAUACGGUUCAGUGCGUGUGUAUGCAAUGUGUGUUUGACAGUUUUACGGUGGCUGCAGGCACAGUCUGGGAUCAGCUUUGUUGGUGGGGAGCAGGGGAGAUAGACCACCAUGUAUAGCAUGUUUAUAAUAUGUGUUGAUUCUCUGCACUUCGGUUGUCAGUAUAAAUAAAUAUAGAAAUAUGACCUGUAGUGACAGCAAAUAUGUUUUUAAAGAGAAAUGUAGCGAUAUUUAGAGAUUCAUGCAUUUUAGCUUAGUGUUCACUGUGAACUCUCAUCUACACGCACCUGUGUUCUCUAAAACACUUUCUGUACCACUCCCCUCCCACAUGCUCCGUUUCCAUGGAAAUUACAUUCAACACCCCCCCCACCCCCCUCCAAUACAAAUGGAACAUUCUCAGGAGGGAUUUCUAGAAUCUUGUUUUUUUUUGUGUGUUUUUUUUUUUGGUGUCUGUUCUUUCUUCCAAAUAUGGCAAUUUCCAAAAAACGUUUGUAUUAGGGGACUGUUGAGUUUGGGGCCUGUUGACACGAGCUUGACAGGAGUGUAGCGGUUUGUGUGUGUACCUCCUGAGCUGUCUCUCAUUUCGGAAAGUUUAUGACCUCUUGACCCUGUCAGGCCUAUCAGGCUGGGGUGGAGGGCGGGGUUGCUGGAGGGGAGGAGUUGGCUGGCUAAUUGACUGACAGCUGGGUUUGUUUACCAUGAACCCACCUAACCAGAGAUGUGAAGUAUAUUACAUGAUUAAUUAUUUAAAUAUGAAUAUAUUUAUUUUGCAUUACAGAUUACUUUUUUAUGUAUUUUGAGAUUUAUUUGAUGUCAAUGUUUUAUAUUGUAUAGAUUGUUUUUCUUUUGUUGAAGACUCUCAAAACUCCAUGUACUGUGACUGAUACUCCUGAACAGAGACUUUUCUACUGUACUGCAACCAACUCCCCCAGAACCUACAAACUCUCAAACACACCUAACUGAACAGAGUUCAAUUCAACUAUGAUACUAGCCCCUCUUUAUUUUUAUAUUAUUGUAUAAUUUCACUAUGAUACUAGCUCAGCUUCCUAUUUGCUCAAUUCAACUACAAUACUAACCAAUUUUCCUGCUUGUAUAAUUUCACAUAAUAAGCAGUGGACUAGCAUUUGGGUGUCUGAGACGCUGUAGUUUAACAUGAUUGGUUGCUUUGGAGUGUUAUUGAGUGAUGUCACAAUGGAAUAUAGAAGUCACUGUUUUCAGGGGUGAUGUCACUGUGGAGUUAAAAUUCCACUUUGUGAUGCCACAAUGGAGUUGAGUUCAGAGUUUGUGUGUGAUGUCACAAUGGAGUUUAGAAUUGAGUUUUACUGUGUGAUGAUACAAUCAGUGAGGGGUUGUUGCCACUUUUAAUGACAUGAAAAAAGGCACUCCACCUCCACCACAAUGUUCCCUUACCAUUUACAUUGUAGGUAACCCAAAAAGACAUUCCAAAAACAGGGGAUCCACAAUUGACCCUUCAGAUUCAAUCUGAUGUCGGAUUUAUUGUGUGUAUAAAUGAAGCUGUUACACGCACUGUGCCCUGCUGUGCGGUCUUAGAGAUGACUACAUGUGUUUCCCUCACCAUGCAUUCUCUCUGGGUGGAGGGCAGACCAGACAUAUAAUGCUGCUAUCAUCUACCCAUCUCGAUCCCUAGAAAUAUAUUAUGAAGUAACUCAAGCAACGGUCAACCUGAAGGAAAAGAAUGUACUUCUAAGUAAAUACAUACUACUGGUAAGAAAAUCACUUUAGAACAACGAGAGAGAACCGAGUAUUUAUUCCAAAGAAUUUCUGUAAGGUCUGUUCCACAGGGAUGAGUUCCUACCUGAAUUUUAAGAGUAUAUCCCCUCCUUAGAAUUGGAAUAAAUAGAACGGACACACGCCCCUCAGUACAGGGUAUCGAAUGGGGUUGUCCAUUCUAGGAUUUCUAAGUCUAUGGUUGGUGCAGCCUUACACACCACUACACACAAAACCCCUAGACCUGACUGCUGGUUCACAUAGGUCACUUCAUAGCAUUGGGCCUUGCUGGUUCUGUUACACCACUGGUUGGCUGCGAAGGUCCUAGUCUACUGAGAACGGUCACAUUAUGAAAGCCUUGUUGUAUUUAUUUAAAAAGUAAUCCUAUUCUUUUUGUUCUGCGUUCUCUCAUGUGAAACUGGCUUUAGUUUCUGACAGACAUGUCUGUCAACGGGUUACUGGGACGGAGGAAGAGAUCUGUUAUAUUUCCUGCUUGUACUAUGUUACUGUGAAUACUACUGUAUAUUGUGAAGACAUUGGCAUUUGUCUACUAUAUUAUCUGUGAUGGGAGUGAGAGGGGGGAUGCCUAUAUGGAACACAUGUAUAAAGUAACCUCUGUGAGAAUACUUACCGGAUAUAAGAACUUCUAUCUCCUUCCACUGAGUCAUUUUACUUGGAAGAUAUUGUAUUAGCAAUAAAAUUAUUGCUCUGUUUUGACCUCAAAGAACA